CUGGACCCACGCGCAGCCUGCGUUGCGCGCAGCCACUGACGCGCCUUCUGUUCCGUUCGCACGAGGAAAACAUCGCGUCUCGCAGCCGUCACAUGGGGGCCGAGGAGGAGAAGAAGAGCCCACCGCGCCCAGACACCAUCCUCGUCCCUGGCGAUGAUUUGAUUGGCCUCUGAUCGCAAACUCGAAUCGCACACACACAAACAACAACAACAACCCAUUUCGGGGAUCUUUUGGCACAGGAGCGCGCGCCGCCGAUGAUGAUCAGCAAAGUGAAAAACGCCAUGUCCACCCUGGUGGGGGGGAUGAUGCCGCACGGACACCACCAGCACCAGCACCAGCACCACCACCAGCAGCAGCAUCAUCCGGGCGGCGGCCAGAGCUGCGGGGCGGACUCGCUGCCGCCGCGCUUCCCCUACGGCCGGCCGGAUUUCUUGGACCUCACCCCGGAGCUCCUGCAGUACUCCACGGAGCACGCGUCGCGCCCGGUGCUCGCGCUCAAGAGGGACAGCAGGCUCCCCUGGAGGACGGGCUACGCAGAGGUGAUCAACGCGGGGAAGAGCAUGCUGAACGAGGACCAGGCCUCGUGCGAGAAGCUGUUCGUGAAGAAGCCGAGCGGCAAACACAGGAACUCCGCUCUGCAUGAGGAUAACGGGGACGGCACAGGAAUUCCUCUCCACUUCUGGGGGGUGUUUGAUGGACACGCAGGUUCCGGGGCCGCCAUCAUGGCGUCCAAACUUCUCCACCGCCUCAUCAGAGACCGUCUGGGGGAAGUCUGCCACCUGCUGGAGAACCCCACCUGCGCGCCUCCCAUCUGCCUGGCCAAGAACGGCAGCCCGUACCAGGCGGAUGCGAAGAAGGGAGCGUCGCAGGAACCGGACGACCCCGACGCUGUCAGCGACCCCACAGUGCGCUAUCACAUGGAGAAGGUCGUCAGCCUGGAGAGUCUGGUGAUGGGAGUCAUCGAGACGGCCUUCAAACAGAUGGAUGAACUGAUCGAAAAGGAAAAGACGUCCUACGCCAUAUCUGGUGGGUGUUGUGCCUUAGCUGCCAUUCAUUUAAUGGGGAAACUCUACGUAGCCAAUGCCGGAGACAGCAGGGCCAUAAUCAUACGGAAUAAUGAAGUGGUUCCCAUGACUAAUGAGUUCACGCCGGAGUCAGAGAGGCAGCGGCUUCAGUAUCUGGGCUUCCUGAGGCCUGAGCUGCUGGGUAAUGAGUUCACUCACAUUGAGUUCCCUCGUAGGAUCCAGCACAGUGAGCUGGGCAAAAAGAUGCUGUACAGAGACCACACCAUGACUGGCUGGGCUUAUAAGACAAUCGUCGAAGAUGACCUGAAAUUCCCCCUGAUAUAUGGAGAGGGGAAAAAGGCUCGUGUCAUGGCGACGAUUGGAGUGACCCGCGGGCUGGGCGAUCAUGAGCUGAAGGUUUACAACUCCAACAUUUACAUCAAGCCCUUUCUCUCAUGCGUCCCUGAGGUGAAAGUUUAUAACCUGGAUGAGAACAAGCACGGCCCAGACGACGUCUUGGUCAUGGGCACAGACGGACUGUGGGACGUGACCACGGACAGGGAAGCGGCAGAUGCCGUGUCAGCCUACUUAUCCUGCUGUGACCCCUCUGAUCCCAUGAGGUACACACUGGCCGCCCAGGACCUGCUGAUGAGGUCCCGAGGAGUGCUGAAGGAGCGUGGCUGGAGGCUACCCAACGAGAAACUGGGCUCAGGCGACGACAUCACCGUGUUUGUCAUCCCGCUGGCCGGCCAAGAGUCGGAGACAUGACGUGGUGAUGCCGUGGCGGCCGCUGUGACAGAGCCGACUCUUUGGCCGAGUCCUUCUGCAUCGUCCCUGCGAGCUCCCUCAACCCCCGGACCGACGGGGCAGCGGGAGAUAAACACACGUUCGCUGAGCUGACCUCUUCUUCUCAUUCAACACCUCUCGUAUCGUACCGUCGACACGGUGUUGACCUACGAAACAAAACUGAACUGAGCCUUUAUCAGAUUAGAUAAAGGUUCAGUUCUGUGCCGCACCUUCAUCCACCACCAGACUGGACCCCGUCUCCGCCGCUUUCACGUCAACGUGACCACACGACCCCGUCUCUUUGGUCUCAGUCAUGUAACAGAAGAUUUUUUGAAGUCCGUCUCCUCGACCCGCUGUUUGUUACAGUUGCCAGUGAGAAUUAAGCCCUCGUUUGAUUGUUUUUGUUUCAUAUGUUCAAGGCUGGACAUUGUUCAUUUUUCUGGUCACGGCCCUAAAUGUGACUCUGUUUAGUUAAAUACAAUUUUAAAAAGUCACAAUCAUACUAUGUAAAGGAGAUUGCCGGAAGGAAACCAAAGAGAUGCCGCUACCAGGCAUAAGAAUGGAAAUCUGUAAAAAAAAAAAAAAAAUACAUCCAUAAAAGAUAAACAGUUAAAAAAAAAAAAAAGAUUUAUGUCUGUACAUUAAAGUAGCAUGGGGGACGUAAAAAACCCCCCAGAGGAAUGGACCUUUAACGGCACUGGACCGGAACAGAAUGAUUUGAGUCCCCGUUGCCGCGUUUCCUCCGUGUCAGCGAUGAAGAAUGAUGAAGAUGAAGAAUUGCACAUGCUCUGUGGUCGCCUGUCGAUUUGUACUAUCUCUCUACUGAAUGUGUUCAUAGAUGAUUCCUUUACUUUUUUAUUGUAUGUCAUCACCAUGAGGAGGACAGAUGGUUUCACUUGAGUCCAGUGGGGGGGCGGAAAAAGAUGAAGAAUUGGAAUGUUUUCAUUUCAUUUUGCUUCAUGUUUUCCUUGUUUAAGCAGAGAAUUUUUCUAAUAUAAGUAGAAGCAAUCAGGUCGUGUAGGAGGCGCUCACGAGGUAGUCCAGAGUAAGUGAGGGGCCCAUGGAGCCGUAGCCCCAAAACUUAAAAAAUUAAUAUAUUCAAUAUAAGGGCUAGAAACAAUAGAUAUAGUUUAAUUAUAGUCUAGAUUUGCACCUUUUCAAUCGUAGUGAAAAUAACUGUCUGUUAGACAUUUUUACACAAGAAAUUUUAUGGCAUUAGGCAUUUUGGUUUCACCUGAGCCUGUUUGUUUUUUUGUGCAAGCAUGUCAUAAAUCCUUAACCGACCAAUCAGCAUGCAUUUAUUAUUAUUAUUAUUGCUAGCAGAAUGCUAGCGCGAUACCGGAGAAACCGCCCCCCUUCCCGUAGGAAAAACAAAAGGACGUUUCAUUUGGAAUUCUGAUGCAUGAUCAAUAAUACAAUUUGCCCACAUUUGAAUAAAAAUGUGGGCAAUUUUGUGGAGAAGUGCAAAUGAUUAUUUUAAGCCGUUAGGCUCCAUUCACCCACAAUGAAUUGAGGACGACCUCGUGACUGCCCUCUAGGGGAACUGUAGCCAAUUUUUGAUACAGUGGCUUCAACAUGAAGUGGACAGGCUCUCUGCUUUAAUCCUCUCGGGAGAAAGGAACAUAAACGUGUUGAUAUAGUAAUAUGUGAUUAACGUUACACUCAUGCCUUAUUAAUGACUGAGGGAAACUCAAAAGUUAUUUUGUUUUUUUCUUCAGAUGCACUAAAUUUGAUCCUUGCAGAAGAACAUUUCAUUAACCGUACAUUUACUGUAUACCUCUUUUGUACCAUUUUUUUGGUUAUGUCAUGUUGUGAUUUAGAUUAUCCAUAUAUAUAUUUUUAAAGACACCUUUUGUUGUACGCACUAUCAGCGUUCUUAUUUUAAUUUUUUUUAUGUUUCUAUCCAUUGCGAGUUUGUUUUAGAAAGAUGGUCCAUCCCAGUGUUCGAGCUACCAAACUGUGAGGUAGAGGAAUAGUAUAUGUACCAGUUUAGAAAUAAAUCAGAUUUUUUUUUCCCA